UUUCUUUGGGGAGAGGCCGGGCGUAGUGCAGGCCUCCCCGCCAUUACCGCUGCCACUUCAAGGUCGCCUGAGAAGCAGCCAGUCGCUACGGGGCCAAGGUGAUAGUCGGACCGGCGAUGCAACCUCGUGGCCCUUCUCGCCAGAAUUCCGUUCCCGUGUUGUCCACUAAUACUGUUCACUGAACACAAAUCAGAGAAUUCGGGACUUACACUUUAUUUCACGGCAUCCAUGAUUGGCCAAUAUCUGCUGGUUUUAUAGCCGGGAUUCAGGAACGGAGAGAGUAGCAGAAGAAUAGUUAAAACAGAAAUUCAUUUUCGUGAAGAUGUUCACCAACGAUGCCAGGCAACUAGGGCGCACAGGAAAGUAUGGGACCCCAAGAGAACGGUACCUUCAGGAAUUAGUCACACAGUUUCAAAAGGCAUCUGAUGAAGAAUCCAAAGAAAAGAUUGUUGCACAUUUGGCGAAUUUUGCCUACGACCCAUAUAACUAUGACUUUCUUCGUAGGCUCAAUGUUAUGGAGCUAUUUCUGGACUGCAUCACUGAACCAAAUGAAAAGCUGAUAGAGUUCGGAGUUGGUGGCAUUUGCAAUGCUUGUGUCGACCCCUCGAAUGCACAGAUGAUAGUGCAGUCUGGAGGGAUCCCCCUGAUUAUACAAUGUCUAUCAAGUCCAGUGAAAAACACAGUUAAUUAUGCUCUUGCUGCUCUGUAUUAUCUAUGCGAUCCAGGUACUAAAACAGAGAUUUUGAAGCCUGAAGUUAUUGAACUAAUCAGACGAUAUUCGAAGGCAGAGGCAGUGAAUGUUACUUUCAGCAACCUCGCGAAAGCAUUUUUGGAGAGACAUGUUGACGGAUCGUAGUGAAGAAUUGAUUCUUAACCAUGGACUUUGGUACUUCUUCAGUAUUGAUAUCUGGAGCUAGACUUUAGAUUGAUUGGCCAAUGCACAUCCAUCAGAGCAAUGCGAGGAAGGAUUGAAAUGUUAAAGGGAAAUCUACCAGUAUUUGAUCUGUCAGGUCAAUUAUUUAGGCCGGCAUCUUCUCAUCAGAUCUGUAUCUGCUUGACUGUUGAUCUUGUCGAUCAAUCAGCCCAUUGCUACUGCAGGCUUCACUGAGGAUCUUUCAGAUAAGAAGUAACUUGGGAUUCCCAGAUUAUAUACUGUGAAGAUCGUUUCCAACCAGUGGGAAAUCACCCAGAUUCUACACUUUCUGAUUUCAAAAAAAACAAUUAUGGCCCAGUGGGAUUCCCUUUUCUUUCUUGGACAUGCGGGAAUACACCAUGUGGGAUUCGAAAUUUAGACGACUUGAUUAUGCUAGAACAAUAUCUGCCAUCGGCUUGAGAUUUUCCUUUGGAAUGUGAAACAAGGUUAUGAAAAGUGAGCUGGACAUUUUCUUUUGAAAAAUAAGCAGAUACUGUGGUGAAGUGCUUUCCAUCAAGAUGGAGAAACCGCUUUUUCCAAUAGAUUCUUUUGGCACAUAAAGGGGGUUCUGUCGGAAGUCCUUGAUUCACAUGGCACCAUUUAUGGCAAAGAUUUUGCCUAAGGGCUAGCUACUUUUUUGUACACAGACUGCCUUCUCUAUGCUGUAGGGCAAGGCAAUUCCUUUCAAACUGCUUAAGGAGGUUAGUUAGGGAACAUAUGACAUCAACGACUGCAGUAGGAAAAAGAAGCAGAAGAAGAAGAAAAUUUGAACGACCAAAAAGAUUGUAGUAAGCAGACAGUAGGUCUAAAUUUGAGUACAUUUUCCCAGCAGGCAUUGCAUCGGAAAACUGAAAAUACAUUUUCUUAUAAAUGAAUUUAAUGACGUUAAUUCGUUUGCAUGAUGCUGGCAGUGAGGAAAUAAUUCAAAGUAUAACCAACAAGCUUAAAGAUGAUUAUGUCUCGAUGGAAGCGAUGGCUGGUAUGGUCUGAAUACAGUUUGAUGCGAACUUGACGGCUAACGCCUUAUCAAAUUAGCUUCAUCAAAGUGAGAAGAGGUCCUUCCUGCUAGUUCAAGGAUGAAGGCAUAAUGGGUCUUUGCUUGUUUGAUUGGAUGAAUGGUGGCCUUCUAAGCAGUGGCGGAGCCAGGAUUUUUAUGCCAAGGGGCACUUGAGUUGACGACAUAAGUUUGGUGUAGGCAUGGCACUUGAGUUGGCGACAUAAGUUUAGUGUAGGCAUAGCAUGCAAUUUUUGAGUCGUGACAACGUGAUCUUGAGACGCUAUAAUAUGAUUUUUGUUGGGCUGAUGUAGGCAAUUGCCCACACCAGCCAACAAGUGGCUCAGCUACUGCUUCCAAGAAUGCUUGCAUCCAGGCAGGCAGAACGAAUGAACACCCUGCUUCCAAUUCCAAGAAUGCUUGCAUCCAGGCAGGCGGAACGAAUUAACACCCUGUUAUGGCAUAGAAACACCUCCUUUUCUUGAGGAACACUUCUAAUGAGUAUUAGGCACUUCCUCUCCAUCCGUGAAACAGUAACGCACUGUUAUGACAUAUAUAAACACCUCCCUUGUGUUCUUGAGGAACGCCUUUUAUGUGUUUUGGGCAUUUCAACAAUAUCCAUAGAAUAUGUGGAAGGGUAACACUGCCAUGCAUAGAAACACCUUCCUUUAUUUAUUGGGGAACAGUUUAUCUGUAACAGGCCUCUUUAUGUUUGGACAUCAGUCCAAAAGUCGUACUCAUAUUGUCUUGGUUAGCCUUCGACAAAAUUUAGAGUUCUUCUAGGGCCAUUUGGCAU